CACAAAUGGUUUCAGGCUUUCAGCGGUAAGCUAGUAAAGUGCCGCCGCCUGCUUCCACUUCGGUCUUUUAUUUCCCCGCUUCCGUUCGCCGGUGCGCGACCAUGAACGCGAUUCUAUAAUAUUUGCACAUUUUUGUUAAACCGGAGAAAGAAGAUCCGCAGCAUGUCUCCGUACUCGCUCUUAACAUGCCUCACUCUACUCGCCAUCUUCUCCGCUACCAGUUUCUAUUUCUUUUAGCAAUCCCAUCGCCUGAAGCUCCUCAGAGUAUCUGCAAACCCAGAACCAAAGCUUAGAAAAGGAAAGCUCUUUUUCAUCUCCCAGACAGGUACCUCCAAAUCCUUAGCCUACCCUCUCCACCAUCUUCUAUCUUCCAAUAACCUUCCCUUCGACCUCGUCGACCCCCACGAUUACGAGCCAGAGGACCUACCGAAGGAAACAGUAGUUCUAAUCGUUGCUUCCACAUGGGAAGAUGGGAAUCCUCCUCCUAAAUCCAAAUUCUUCGUCAACUGGCUCGCUGAGAGUACCACUGAUUUUCGCGCAGGGAGUUUGCUAAUGGCGAAUUCUAAGUUUGCUGUUUUUGGGGAGUGGAGUAAAAAGGUCGUUGAGGUUUUGAAGGGAGGAUUGGUGGUGGAGAAUGGGAAUGGAGCUGUUGAGAGUGAUGUCAAGAGUGUCGAAAGUGAUGAUGAUGGUGAUGAUGGAGGACGAGGAGGAGAUGAGGAGAUUGUUGAUCUUGAAGAUAUUGCAGGGAAAGGGCCUUCGAGAAAGUCAGUGAAUGCAGCUGAAAGUAAUGGAAAAGUGAAUGGAAAGAGGGACAUGGUGACUCCCGUAAUCAGAGCUACCUUAGAGAAGCAGGGUAUAAAAUUAUUGGUUCACAUAGCAGUGUUAAAAUUUGUAGAUGGACCAAGUCUCAACUUCGCUGCCAAGGAGGUUGCUACAAGCAUUCAUUUUAUGGAAUAGAAAGCCUCAGAUGUAUGGAGGCAACACAUAGUUUGGCAAAUGCCAACAAAUGUGCUUUCUGUUGGAGGCAUCACACAAAUCCUGUAGGAACGAGUUGGGCAAUGGAAGAUGGAUGACCCAUCGGAGAUUGUGAACACUGCCAUAGAGCUUCAUACCAAGAUGAUUGAACAAAUGAAAGGAGUACCUGGUAACUAUCACAUUGUCACACAAUCUCUCUAUUUAGUCGCACAUGGUGGAUCAGAUGUGCCCCUAGUUUCUCUACUGU